AUGAAGAACAGAGACAAGGAAACAGUCUCAAAAAUUUCUCAAAAAGAGUUGGCACCUUUUGCUAGUGAAAUUGAUAAAAUGAAUGGAUGGGAUAAAUUGAGGGAUUUUUGGAACAUUUUGGGACAGAACGGACUUUUGGGGAUUACUGUUCCAGCAGAAUAUGGAGGUUCUGAUUUGGGGUAUAUGGAACACGUUAUUGUUAUGGAGGAGCUUUCCCGUGCUUGUGGCGCAAUAGCCUUAAGUUAUGGUGCCCACUCUAAUUUGUGUGUUAAUCAAAUUCGUAGACAUGGUUCUAAUGAACAAAAGUCUAAAUAUUUACCUCCUUUAUGUUCUGGCGAAUGGAUUGGGGCCUUGGCAAUGAGUGAACAUGGAGCUGGUUCUGAUAUAGUUUCUAUGAAAUUAACGGCACGCAAAACUGGCGAUGGAAAAUAUUUUUUGUUAAAUGGGUCAAAAAUGUGGAUUACUAAUGGACCUGAUGCUGAUGUUUUGGUUGUUUAUGCUAAGUUGUAA